CUUUAAGUGUUGCCAUUUUAUUGAGUUAAUAUUACCGUUUGGUCUAAAUGUCAUGCAAAUAGCUGCACUGGAAAAACGUUUAAUGAAAAAAACAUUUCCAUGUUAAAUAUUUAUUUCUCCCACUGUGCUCUGAAAGGAGUCCGGGGCUGAGUGCGAGUGUGUUUGUGCGAACGUCUGCGCAGGAGGGGGCUGUGCUUCCGUGUCUGCCUGUCUGCUGCGGUGCAGGCAGCUCCAUUUCAGCGCUGGGGAGGUGACAGGGUCAGGGAGUAACAGGAUGAUGGCUGCUACCAGAAACCAUUGUUUCAUCCUCAGUGGUUCAGAAAUGGACUGAGGCCCUCAGGAAACUCCAUUUGAAUCUGCGCCAAAGCUCAGCUGCUGGGUGACUCUGCCAGAUCAUUGCUUCUCACUUCAUGGCAGCUCACAGGAAUUGUCACAUUUAUAGAGCGGCUACUCUGCUCGGAAAAUGUCAGGCGUUUUGAGAGGGAAGUCUUACAAAGCAGCAAGACCUUUGACGGAAUAAGACACUGGAACACAGGAGCCACACACAUGUUGUGUUGCCUUUCAGUACAUAUGCGCCUCCAAGCCGGACGUCAGCAGCCAGCUUAGCGGAUCAGCCUUUUGUCAAUUACAACCCGAGCAAAUGAAACAGCACAGACCACAUCACAGCAGAGACCAGCCGGGGAGUAACCAGGUCAGACCACCGCCAGUAAUGGAACGCCUGCCGAGUUCUGGAAAGGAGAAAAUGAGGCCCGGACAAGCUGAGCUGGAAUGGCGUCCAAAAAUGGACGUGGAUCUUGAGGAUUCCCACAUGGUGGAGAGCCUGGGGGAGCCCCUGCCCCUGCCCCCGACCCCAACUCGCAGCUCCCCCUACAUCGACAAAAAACACGCAUUUUCACCCCCAAAGUUCUCUCCUUCAGUGCACAGUAGAGCAAUCCCUCCUCCCAGAAUGCCCCAAAGGAAAACUCCAGGACCUGUCGUCCAAAGGGAUCUGAAACCAGGCCGAAAGCAGGAACUCCACAGAGAACCCAGGACAGCGCAUCAAGACACAGGUGUGAAUCUGAAAGUGGAGAAUCUGAGAAUACAAGCCCUUACCAGGUCUGGGGAGAAGUCAUUGGCUAUGAAGAACAGGCAGUCAGUGGAGCUUCCACGGCAAUGCGGUGCCGGAACAGGGCCGCCCCUCACACCCCCAAGAUUCUCUCAGGAUCUGGAGUUCCCAGAUGCCAAUCCAAGGUUUCCUAGGCCGAAUGAAAGACACUUGAAAGGGAAGGGGGCACCCCAUAGGAUGCAGGAAUCCCACCAAUGGAUGCGUGUACAGGAUGACAUCGACGUGCACCGACGGGUUCCCUGCAGCAGGCCUGCACAGAUGGGCAGCGAACAGAACUGGUACAUUGGUUCCUGCCAGCGGGCCAAGACAGAGAACGCCCUGCACCUGGCCAAUCAGAACGGGGUCUUCGUGGUGCGAGACCACUCCAGAAGCACAGAAGAGGAGCCCUUUGUCCUGGCAGUGAUGCAGGACAACAGGGUGUACAACAUAAAAAUCCGGUACAUAAAGAGCACCCAGAAGUUCGCCCUCGGGACGGGGUUAAGAAUGAAUGACAUGUUUGACUCCAUAGACGAUAUCAUUAAAUUCCACAUGAUAUUUCCCAUACACCUCAUCAAUGGGAAGGAUCUGUCAGACCACCAGAGGAGAUGCGUGUUAACUCGCCCUCUGACAAGAGAAGAAAUGAUUCAGCUACUAGAUUAAAAUGCCUUGCCAGACAUCACAUUCCCCACUACACCAUACUUUUCACUGUAAUUUUGAAAAUAAUUUGUGAUAUUUUGGUAAUUCAGCACCCUCCAGACUGAACAGGGUGUAUGUGUAUGUUUAGAUUUGUAAAAUCACAUCUCACAGUCAUUUCAUUAAUACCUAAUUGAGAAUCAUUAAGCUUUUCUAAGUAAAAAAAAAAGCCACGUUUUAACUUACACAAAGCCACCAAAAAAUAAAGUU